AUGGAGGGUGACAGAAUCAGGUGCUUGAAGAAACUCUUUCGUGCUUUAAUUGUGGUGUUCACUUUACUGCAAUGUGCUGUCAACCCUUCCCUUUCCCUUGGAUUCAAAAAUAUUUCUUCGGAAGGAGUGGUGAGGUGCUUUGAGAGGGAAAGAGAAGCACUCCUUGCUUUCAAGCACGGCCUCGUGGAUCCCUACAAUCUCCUCUCUUCGUGGGGAAGAGAAGAACACAAGCAAGAUUGUUGCAAAUGGGUCGGCGUCCACUGCAGCAACCGAACCAACCAUGUUACUCAACUUCAUCUUGGGUGGUAUCCCUUGAGUGUAUCUUACUCACAUCAACAGAAAGGAGACCCGCAGUUCAUCAAUUAUUUUUUGCAAGGUAAGAAGAUGAGUCCUAAAUUGAUUGAGUUGCAGCGUUUGAAAUAUUUGGACCUCUCAUGGAUAAACUUCAAUGGGACCCGACUUCCAUAUUUCAUUGGUUCUCUUUUUAAUUUAAGACACCUCGAUCUCUCUUCUGCUUCUUUUGGUGGUCGAUUUCCAAGUCAAGUUGGAAACCUUACCCACUUGCAAUAUCUUGAUCUCAGUUGGAAUGACUUUAACAGUGUAGAAAAUCUGAAAUCAUGGCUCCCUCUUCUUUCUUUCUUUAACACAUAUUUGGAUCUGAGUAGCACCAAUCUCAAUAAUGCUCAUGACUGGCUGGAAAUAGUUAGUAAGCUCCCUAAACUUACAAACUUGACGUUACAGGGGUGUGGCCUUCCUUCUCCUGUAAUCCAUUCCAGUACUCUUUUUAACAUAAAUUCUUCAAAAUCUCUUGCUUCUGUUGACCUCUCUGACAACCAAUGCACUUCUCCUUCAAUAUAUUUAUGGUUGUCAAACUACAAUGCUAGCCUUGUCUUUCUUGGCCUCGAUAACAGUAGUUUAACUGCUUUGGGGUCUUGCAAAAUGGGUCCGUAUUUUCCAAAAUGGCUUCAAACUCAGAAUGAGUAUUCAUUCCUCGAUAUUUCUGAUGCUGGAAUUGUGGAUAUCCUUCCAAGCUGGUUUUGGGGGUCAAUUUCUAUCUUGUGUGAAGCAUACGAGAGUUUAAUGUUUCUUAAUCUCUCAAACAACAAUCUCUCCGGAGAGCUUCCGCAAUGCUGGACACAUUUUGACCAUCUAGUCAUGCUUGAUUUGAGUUACAAUGCUUUUUCCGGCAAAAUUCCAUCCACGGUGGGCUCACUAUAUCGCAUGGAAACAUUAAAAUUAAGAAGCAACAGAUUUGUUGGCGAGUUUCCUUCAUCCUUCAAGAAUUGCACCAGUUUAAAAAAAGUUCUUGAUGUUGGAUACAAUCAAUUAUCAGGACCCAUUCCAAAAUGGUUAGGGGUUAGCCUUCAGAAAUUGGUUGUCCUGAUGCUUUCCUCUAAUAACUUCAACGGAAGCAUGCCAUCUGAACUAUGUUGUCUAACAAACAUUCAAAACUUGGAUGUGUCUGCGAAUAACAUCUCUGGAACAAUACCAAAAUGCCUCAGCAAUUUUACUGUUUUGGCACAGAAGGGAAACUCAUCUCCGACCCUUCGACAUUUGUACACAAGAGAUGAUACUAUCUAUACGCUUAAUUAUAUGGAUGAUGCAACAUUUAUAUGGAAGGGAAGAAUGUACUCGUACAAAAACACUUUGGGACUUGUGAAGAGAAUUGAUUUCUCGAGUAAUAGAUUAACGGGGGAGAUUCCAAGUGAAAUCACGGAUCUUGUUGGUUUAGUUUCUUUAAACCUGUCGAGAAACGGAUUGACAGGUGAGUUACCUGCAAAGAUUGGAAAGUUGCAAUCAUUGGAUGCCCUUGAUUUGUCAAGAAACCAGAUAGAUGGCAGAAUUCCAACAAGCCUUGCUCAGAUAUACGGUCUUAGUGUCUUAGACUUGUCAUACAACAACUUUAUUGGCAAAAUUCCAACUGGCACUCAGCUCCAAAGUUUUGAUCCCUCUGAUUAUGCUGGAAAUCCUCAGCUGUGCGGACCUCCACUUCCAAAGAUGUGUGGUGAUCAACACGAAACUCCGAUCUCGAGCAACGAAGAAGAAAAGGAUGAGCCUAUAACAUGGGGAUUUUACGUCAGCAUGGCGCUUGGCUUUGUUGUUGGAUUUUGGGGAGUUUGUGGCAGUCUGAUUUUUGUGAGGCCAUGGAGAUACUCGUACUUCAGGUUCUUGAAUGUCUAGAAUGAUUGGUUUUAUGUGAGGGUGAUUUCAAUCAAGCAGCACUUCAGUUAAGCAAUGCAUCUUCUGAGACAGUGUAGACGGCUUCACUUCACUGAAAGAGCUUCCACGGACCAUUAUCUGUACAAGUUUUCAAAGUAUUGAGUUGUCAUAAUAAAGAACUUUACUACUAAAUCUCAUUGACAGAUGAUUUGUUAGUGUUAAUUGUUUGUAAGAAGUUUAUGUUUGUGUUUACGUUAUCAAGACCUUUCUGCAGUAUAUGUUUUGAUUCAUGAUAUAAACUAAAGAUAUUCAGUUAAUUCAGGACUGCAUAUGAUUGUUUUGUUCAUCGUAAAUUUUAGUUCAAUGGAUUGGUUGCAGUCUUGUGCAUAUGUCUAUCAAUGAUCAGACGACGUUUAACAAACUAAUUACUAUUAUUUUUCAUUAGAAAUGAUACACCAGGAAUCCUAUAUGCUUUCUGCACACAAAUUACAAGCUUAUGAAUGACAUCCUCCCUACCAGUGUUUUUUUUUACAACUUUCUAUUUUUUCUUUCUAUUUUGUCAAAGUAAUUCAUAUACUCGAAUCAUUUGACGCACGGGAAAUCAAAUCAAAUAAACAAUUCAAAUACAAUAUAUGCUGCUGGAAAAUGACAAAAUCUAAUACCGUGGAAAUGAUGAAGCUUUGGCUCUAGUGGUUUUAAACCUUAUGAUCGAUCGACGGCUAUAUAAGCUGAGAGCCAGACCGAGAGAAGUGGCAAGCUAGGCACCUGGUCGAGCGGCCUAGAGUUUCACUUCUAUCCAGCUGCUUUGCUCAUUUUGGAUUCAAGCAUAGUACCCUCCUUAAGUCCUGCUUCAAUUUCACCAUCCAUUCCAAGGGCCGAAAGGGCAACAGCUUGAAGAUAACAUGCAAUGUGCCAAACUGGGGAAACUACUUGUGCUUGCAUUGCAUCUUUUAUAGCUUCCUGGGGCUUGUCACUCA